AUGGCUGAAAAAAACACAUUCAGGUUGUCCCUAAAGCAGUUUCAAAUGAUUCUUCUUCUCCUACUAGUUUUGCCCUUCUCUGCAACUCCAUUGACCUUCAACUUCUCUAGCUUUCCACCUGCUGUUACAAACAAUAUAUCUAUGGAGGGAGAUGCUUUCUCCGAUGGCUCCCUCCGACUUACCAAAAGUGCUCGUGACGAGGUGAUAAAUGGCAGCGUCGGUAGAGCCACCUUCAAAGAAACCUUCCUCCUCCGGUCCGGUGAUGGGCUGGUAUUCUUCCUAGCACCGCCAGGGUCCUUACUAAACCAUACACUAGGACAAGGUAGCAGCCUUGGCCUCCCUGUCAACAGUAGGCUGGCAAAUAAAACCAUGUCCAGCACUGAAUACCCGUUUGUCGCCGUCGAGUUUGAUAUCUUCCCCAAUAAUAAGUCAGAAUCUAUUGAUUGGUGUCUGAAUUAUGUUCAUGCCGGCAUCGACAUCAACUCCCUCAAGUCCAACGUUACGGAGCCAUGGGAUGGUGGUAUUAGCACAGCAAAAGAAAAUAAUGCCACAAUUACUUACAACUCCACCUCGAAAAAUCUUAGUGUUGCAUUCACUACGAUUCAAAUUGGUGUAGAUGGUGACGAAGUCCAGAUGAUCAAAAGUAUGUAUUUCUUAGUUGAUCUGCUUCGAUACUUGCCUGAUAGGGUCAUUGUCGGAUUCUCUGCUUCAACCGGUAAUGCAGUUGCUCUGCAUAAGAUCAUGUCAUGGAAUUUUACUUCAACUCCUCUGCUUGAUGAUAAUGCAGCAUUGACCACAAGAUCUAACAACAAUAGGGAAGGACUAAUUGUCGGGUUGGGUGUUGGUGGAGGUGCUACCUUGGUCGGUUUGUUGGCUUUGGUUUGGCUCAUCUUAUACAGGAAGAGGAGGGAAACAGCUCGGGAAAGUAGUGAUGAUGAUAUCAGUGUACUUAAUGAUAUGAUUCCUGAAGAAUUCGAAAAGGGGACAGUCCCUACGAAGUUCAAGUACAAUGAAUUGGCCCUUGCGACUAGUAAUUUUGUACAUGGAGAAAAGCUUGGGGAGGGAGGGUUUGGUGGAGUAUACAAAGGAUUCAUCAAAGAUAUGAACUCGUAUGUAGCUGUUAAGAAGAUAUCAAGCGGGUCUAAACAAGGGCUGAAGGAGUAUGCAGCAGAAGUGAACAUUAUUAGUCGGCUCAGGCAUCGGAAUCUGGUGCAACUCAUCGGUUGGUGCCAUGAUAAGAAACUCCUCCUUGUCUACGAAUUCAUGCCCAACGGUAGCUUGGAUUCUCAUUUGUUCAAUGAAAAAAGCUUGUUAACUUGGGAGGUAAGAUACAAAAUUGCACAUGGAUUGGCCUCGGGGUUGCUCUAUCUACACCAAGGAUGGGAACAAUGUGUGCUGCACAGGGAUAUCAAAUCCAGCAAUGUUAUGUUGGAUUCGAAUUUUAACACGAAACUUGGAGAUUUCGGGUUAGCUCGACUUGUGGACCACGGAAAAAUGUCACAAACAACCAUUGUGGCUGGGACUAGGGGAUACAUGGCUCUAGAGUAUGUUACAACAGGAAAGGCUAGCAAGCAAUCAGACGUCUACAGCUUUGGAGUUGUUGCUCUAGAAAUAGCAUGCGGGAGAAAACCCAUCGAUCUCAAUUUGGAAAACACUCGAGUCGAUAUGGUGGAGUGGGUUUGGGGACUUUAUGGUGAAGGGAAAGUCAUUGAAGCAGCUGACCCGAAGCUGUGUGGAUAUUUUGAUGAGAAACAAAUGGAGUUUUUGAUGAUGGUAGGGUUGUGGUGUGCUCAUCCGGAUUACAAUAUGAGGCCUUCAAUGCAACAAGCAAUUCAAGUACUUAACUUCGAAGUUGCAUGGCCUUUUCUCCCAUUAGAGAUGCCAAUGGCUACCUUUCCUCAAACAUCUCGACCAAUCUCCUCUACUAACAUUACUGGUUUAGAAGCAAGCAAAACUGAGUCUAGCUAUAAUGGAGGUUAUAGCAGCUAUUCAUCAAGUUCCUCUAAUCGACUAAUCCCUUCUGCUUGUGAGUCUCGACGAGACGACGAUGGUCACGACGCCUCUCUUCGGCUCUUCCUCUCUGCCUUUCGACUAGACGACGACGCACGCCUCUCUUCCUCUCCGGCCUCCGCGGCUCUCUUCCUCUCCGGCCUCCACGGCUCUCUUCCUCUCCGGCUUCCGCGGCUCUCUUCCUCUCUUCGGCUCUUCCUCUCUGCCUUUCGACUAGACGACGACACACGCCUCUCUUCCUCUUCGGCCUCCGCGGCUCUCUUCCUCUCUGGCUCCGGCCUGCGCGCGUCUCUUCCUCUCCGGCCUCCGCGCCUCUCUUAUUCUCCGCCUCAGUCGCCCGCCGACUCCGUCGGAGAUGACAUUGAACUGAUUGAAGAAGUACAAGGUCAGACUCAGACCGGGAAUGAUUUGGUUGUGGCGGAGGCUGAGAUGCCUGAGAACAAGGAGCCAGAAGUCCCAGAACCAAAAGCUCCAAUUGAGGUUGUAGAAGAAGCACCAGCAGCAACUGAGAUUUCACGGGGUGUGCCGAAAAAAAGAAGAAGAGGUCCUGCAUCAACUCUUCCUAAGCCUGCUUCUAAAUUGACUUCAAUGGUGUGGCACCACUUUAUGAAGUAUCAAAGAGAACUCUUCACUCACCGAGAUGGGAAGAAAGUGCACGCGGGGAAUGAGAAUCGUGCACUAUGCAUCCAUUGUGGCGCUGACCUCAAAGCAGAUUCUUCUUUUAACGGCACAAGCACUUUGCGUAGGCAUAUUCAAAAAGUAUGCAAGAAGUAUGCUGGGAGGGAAAAUAUAGAUGACGGACAAGCUGUGAUUGCUGGGGAUGGUGAAGUCGAACCUGAAAUGGAACUUUAG